GUUUUAAAUAAUCAAUAAAGCGGUUAAUACGAACAAUAAAUAAUUUCAAGGACGUUAGGCGAUUGUUUGGCGAAAAUCUCUUCAAUUAACCUACACAAUUCUAUUUUUGCAGCCGGAUGCGAUAGCUACUAAACACGGACAACACGUGACUUACACGUAAGCAGAAGGCAUGAUUUGAGAAUCGGAAUGGCGGAAGCUUUUAAGAAGUUGCUUCUCCUGUUUCUUACGGAAAGUUGUUACAUCGAAUUUUUUGUGAAAUUUAAUUUUUUCAAUGUUAAAGUUCCACAGAUUGUUAAAAUAAUUAAGGGAAACAGUGCAGCCGGAAUAAAUUUUUUUGGAACACUUUUAGAAUUAUUGGCCAUCACCUCAGGUGCUGCUUAUUGUUUUAUCAAUGAAUUUCCUUUUAGUGCAUGGGGGGAGAGUUUCUUCCUGCUUAUUGAAACGGCCUUCAUCGCAUAUCUGAUCCUCUUCUACAACGGUUAUAGGAAUGCCAGUCAUAUGUUCGUGGCCCUGUACAGUUUUAUCCUGUAUCUACUGUUUGGCGGUGCCACUUCGAAGGAUCUCUUGUGGAACAUGCAAGCCUUCAAUGUGCCCAUAAUCGUAGUUGGUAAAAUGGUGCAAGCUGUACAGAAUUACAAGAACGGGCACACGGGCCAAUUGUCGGCUGGAACUGUUUUCCUCCUCUUCGUGGGUUCCUGCGCCAGAAUCUUCACUUCGGUGCAAGAGACCGGCGAUGAUUUAAUCAUCGUGACGUACGUCGUGGCCAGUUUGGCCAAUUUCGUCAUCGCCGUUCAGAUGAUCUACUAUUGGAAGGCCACUAAUCGCCUGGUGGACCAAGCCAAAACUCAAUGACGUCGAUGCCGUUAGGAGGCAAUGUAUCAUACGACAUGUUUUUGUUAAUAAAACGUUAUCGUUACAUUUAAUUAUGUUUUAAUAUUUUAAAAUGAGUCUUAAAUUCUUAAAGUGCCGCAAGAUGCUUCUCUAAUGAUUUCCAGAUAAAUUCUGUCGUUUCUUUCCGGAUGACGGUGGCACACACCAGACAUUCUGCACGCCUACCGUUUGUCACAAUGUCGAAACGGGAGAAAGGGGUCCAGAUACAGAAGACGAGAUUACAUCUGUGGCCCUGCAUUGUCGUCGUGUCCCUCGCCUAAUCAGCCAGCCAGAACUUUUUUUUCCUCCUCCUUUGGACUGUCUCUCAUCACUCCCUGCACUAUCCCUCGACUUUGCCAAUUACCUUUUUCCUCCCCUCGCACGUGGAAGAUUCGAUCCUCUGCCACAAUUGUCCCGUUUUGUCACCGUCAUUAGUGAAUUGGACGUCGGUUUCGACCUCUUACAUCGGUCAUUUUUUUUGUUUUGUUGAAUGAUUAAAACUGUCGAGGUGCGUCUUGUACAUGAAGAUUUGUUGACGAAAUCGGAAUGGACUUGUAAUUUGAUAAUAAAGAUUGUUUAUAUUUUUA